UGCUGCUGUCAUCCUCUGCUCUGAUAACAGAUGGAGCAUCCUUCAGUGUGAGCAGCAGCACCCAGCAGGAUGACUGCUUCUCCUGUCCUCUGCUGCCUCCUCCUCUCUCUUCACAUUCUCAGUCUAACAGCUGGUUAUUUAACCGUUUCUAUUGAACCUCUUCCUCCUGUCGUCAUUGGAGAUACAGUCACGCUCAAGUGCAACUUCCAAACAGAUGGCAGCCUACGAGAGAUUGUGUGGUUUCAGGUUAUUGAAGGAGGCGGGGCCAAGCAGAAGAUUUUCACUUAUGAUGCCAUGUACAACACGAGCUACUCCCACAUGGAGGACAGCCACAGACGGGAGGAGCUAGUUUACCAGUCAACAGUGCGACUUCCGGAGGUUCAGAUGGAGGAUGAUGGCCUGUAUGAGUGCCACGUAGGGAUCUAUGACAGAAGCUCCAGAGACAAAGUUAUUCUCGCCUCCAGCAGUAUCAGCCUCACUGUCAUAGUACCUCCCAAGUCGAUCUCUGUGGUGGCAGCCGACAGCCCAGCUCCAUUCAGCCGCUACGAGGCCCAGAACUUCACUCUGGUUUGCAUCGUUACUGGAGCGAAGCCAGCUCCCGUGGUGUACUUCAAGAGAGAUGGUGAGCUCAUUGAUGUGGUUCCAACAGCCAAGUCUUUCUCUUCAGUGGGAGCCCAGAGUAAGAGCCCAGGUCAAGAAAAGAGCUGGAGCAGGAAGCAGGCAGGGCUUCGGAGCACACAGGUCCUGACCGGUCGAGAUGCUGAUGACACCAAACUCCGGAAGUCCCUGUCCCUGCUGGAGCAAGAGGAGAAGCAGGUUUGGCUAGGCCACGAUGGACCUGAUGAUCCUCAACAGGGCCAAGAAGAAGGGUCUGAACUGAACCCCGAGGAAACCACUGAGGUGAUCCCUGAGACGAUAGUGAGCAGGGAGUUUCCCCGCUGGGUUCAGAGCAGUGACCCUCUCUACUACUUCCAUCACCGGCAGCAGGCAGCAGGUGACGGCACCAUGGAGGUCAGAGCCAUGCUGACCUGGAGCCUCAACCCCCAGCUGGACAACGAGGCUCUGUUCAGCUGUGAGGUCAACCACCCAGCUCUGUCCAUGCCCAUGCAAGCUGAGGUCACUCUGGCUGCUCCCAGGGGGCCGAAGCUGUCCAUGAGCCCCAGCAAAGCCAAAGUGGGAGACACAGUGCGGAUCACAGUCCAGGGCUUCCAGCUGGGACCUUCUGCAAGCGAGGUCUUCCCUGAACCCAUGUUCACUUGGACCAAAGUUGGUGGGCAUCUGCUCGAUGGCAGAACAGAGCACAGUGGAAGGGAGCUCAUCCUGGAGAGAGUUCCUGCUGAGCUCAACGGCUCCAUGUUCCGCUGCACAGCCCAGAAUCCUCUGGGCUCCACAGAUACCCACACCCGCCUCAUUGUGUUUGACAACCCGAGACUGAAGAAAGGAAAAGAACAUGUCAUUGCCAUCAACACAGCUGUCAUUCAGUGCUCCCUCACAUUACCCUCCAUGCUGCUGCUGAGAUUCACCUGUGAGCUGACGUGACCUGAGGCUCUGCUCCUAAACACACCAUCCAAACUUCCUGAGGCACCUUCAAUGACCCCCUGGAAGUAGUUAAACUCCAUCCCAGUCUUAAGUGCUCAAGCAGAAGGACUUGAGAGGAAGGACUCAUUCUGAUUCUGCAUCAGACACAGAAUGAAGUUUCAGAGACGUGUAAUCUAAAUGUGUGCAGAGCUUCACUUUAUCCUUGCCUCUACCAUGGUGGUAAUGGUAAUGGCAGAUAUACUGCAGGCUGGCCAAUCAGCAUUACCAGCUGCCAGGUUUCUAUUUUUCAACAUCACACCAGCUUAAGUUCCCCGGAGCACCUGUACAGACUGCCAGCAAACAAACCUGUAGGCCCAUCAACUAUUGAUUAAUCAGGACUGUUAUUGAAAAAGAACUGGUGAACGUGUUUUCAGAAAUCAGCAAAAAUGAACAGCAACAUGAGUGGCUUUCAUUUCCUUGUGCAACAUAUCUGUGGUUUGUCGGGGCCUCAUCUUUCCUCCUAUUCUGUGUCUGAAGAACAUAACAAAACCUUUUAUUUCAUUUUGUUUCAUUAGGUGUCAAAAUAGUAUCUAUAGAUACUGAAGUUGGAUCACUUGCUUCCUGUUCCUGCCAGAUUAAAAACUUUGUGCUUCACAGAGGUGCCUUUCACAGGACUCUAAACUGCUUUAUGGAACUUUAUUCAGCAGACUUUUGUCAACUAAUCAGCGUUCAACAACUAAAAAUGCAUCAUCUGAGGUGUGAUAUAUGUCUGCGUUUUCAAUCUUUGAAGUUGUACUCGACGGGUUUUACUCUAGAGGUCUUGGUGGUCUGCACUCCUGAAGUGUUCACUUUAAUUCACUGUUAUUCAAAUAGCACCAAUUCACCAACAGUCGCCUUAAGGCUGUUGUUGUUGUCCCCACAUGAGAGCAACCUAAAGGAUGUGAAAGCAGAGGGUUGGGAGUUAUUCCAUAUAAGGAUUUUUUUUUCUUUGCUCAGGUGUGAAUGUAAUAUUUGACACACAUUUAAAAAUAUGGUUUAAUGGUCUAUAAAGUGCAGGUGCUGUUAACAUCUAAAACAAUGGAAAGAAGCCAAUAUGUAAAGACUGUAUGUUAAUAUAAACUCUCAUUCAAUUCUAAGGUUUUAUG